AUGAGACUGCUGUUCCUUCUCCUGCUCCUCCUCGUGUGUCUAAACCAGACAGCAUCAGGGCAGAAGAAGAGGAAGAGAUUCAUGGAAUGUGCAAAAAUGGGUGGGGCCUGCAAAUACCAACGAACCCGGGGCUGCUCCAUCCUGCCCGCCGAGUGCAAGAGCCGCUACAAGCACUGCUGCCGACUCUAG